CAACAACAACCACAGCUGCUAACACAACAACCACAGCUGCUCUCACAACAACCACAGCUGCUCCUACAACAACCACAGCUAAUCCUACAACAACCACCGCUGUUCCCACAACAACCACAGCUACUCCAAAAACAACCACAGCUGAUCCCACAACAACCACAUCUACUUCCACAACCACAUCUACUCCCACAACAACCACAGCUGCUCCCACAACAACCACAGCUGCUCCCACAACAACCGCAGCUGCUCCUACAACAACCACAGUUGCUCCCACAACAACUACAGCUCAUCCCACAACUACCACAGCUGUUCCAACAACAACCACAGCGGAUCCAAGAACAACCACAGCUGCUCCCACAACAACCACAGCUGCUUCAACAACAAACACAGCUACUCCCACAACAACCACAGCUGCUCCCUCAACAACCACAGCUGCUCCCACAACAACUACAGCUGUUCUAACAACAACCACACCUGCUCCUACAACAACUACAUUUGCUCCCACAUCAACCACAACUGCUCCCACAACAACCACAGCUGCUCCUACAACAACCACAGCUGCUCCUACAACAACCACAGCUGCUCCUACAACAACCACAGCUUCUCCUACAACAACCACAGCUGUUCCAAAAACAACCACUGCUGAUCCAACAAUAACCACUGCUGCUCCUCCAACUACCCCAGUAAUCAACAUAACAGCUCCUUCAACUACCCCAAUAAUCAACACAACAGCUUCUCCAAGUACCCCAGUACUCAAUGCAACAGCUCCUCCAACUACCACUGUAAUUAACGCAAUAUCGUCUCUAACUACCCCAGCAGCAAAUUCAACUCUAGCUCCAUUAGCUCCGGUAACCAAUUUGACCACAGUACUAUCUACCCCAGUGCCAACUACCAUGUUAGCAACUACCCAAGUGCCAACUACGAAGGCAGCCCCAGCAACAGAGGCGCCACUGACCAGCCCUCAAAUUUCACUGCAGUUCAGCCUGACACGUAUCUUCACUAGCUCUUUGAGCAACAGCAGUUCACCAGAGUUCCAGGAAUUGGAAAGUAAUGUGGUUACACAGCUGAAUAAUGUGUACAAGGCUAAAUUUGGAGCGAGCUUCAUUCGAACUGUUGUCAAUAGUUUCCGGUCAGGAUCAGUUGUGGUGGAUUCUACGUUGAUAUUCAACAACAUCAGCUCAGUGCCUAACAAUAGCCUGGCAGCACAAACUUUACAAAAUGCCAUUACUUUCAACACUUCUGGCCUGACCUUGCCUUUCAAUUCAUCCUCCAUUGUGGUUACACGCACUUCUACAAUAACUACUGCAGCUCCAACCACAGCUGUCACCACUGCUUCAACAACUGCAGUGGCCACCACCGUCACUCCGGCAGCAGUCA